AGAAGACGCCUCCCGUGACGUCACAGAUCACACGAAGAAGAAGAAAGCCGCCCAGCCGUCCCCGGGGCAGCAGCAGCUAGCUAGCAGACAACGUAAACACUGGGACAUUUCUGGCUGGACUGAGACAUUUUUGGCAGUUGAGCAUUUUAUUUGUCCGCCGCUGUUCAUCAAAAAACAACCACGCGAUGCGGUAGUGUAACCAAACGUCUCCAGGUGCGCCAUGUUUGUUUGUGAUCUGGGAUUAACCAAGGCCUUGAAGUUGUCCUGCUAACGGAUGGUAAGAUAUUGAUUCGCUCGCAGCCCAUGAUUCAGCUGGAGAAGCCAGUGCUGGCUGGAACCAUGCCUGUGGUGUGGCCCACCAUCCUGGACUUGGGCAGGGAUGAGUGCAAAAGAAUUCUCCGUAAACUCGAGCUGGAGGCGUACGCCGGCGUCAUCAGCGCCCUGCGAGCCCAAGGAGACCUCUCGAAGGACAAGAAGGAUCUGUUGGGAGAGCUCACUAAAAUCCUCGGGAUCUCAACGGAGCGCCACCGCGCAGAAGUCCGCAGGGCCGUCAACGAUGAGCGCCUCACCACCAUUGCAUAUCAUAUGUCGGGUCCGAACAGCUCGUCCGAGUGGUCCAUCGAGGGGCGCCGGCUCGUCCCCUUGAUGCCGAGGCUGGUCCCGCAGACGGCGUUUACUGUGACCGCUAAUGCUGUGGCCAGUGCCACGGCCAAUCAGAACGCCUCCCUGCUGUUGCCAGCGGAAACGGGAAACAAAGAAGUGGUUGUGUGUUACUCCUACACGAGCACCACCGGCACCUCCACCAUCGCCGCCGCGACGAGCGGCGCAAUAGGAGCGGCCGUGAAAUCCCCCCGGCCGGCAAGUCCAUCGUCCAACGUGGUGGUGCUGCCCAGCGGGAGCACCGUCUACGUAAAAAGCGUCAGCUGCUCCGACGAGGACGAGAAGCCGCGCAAGCGCAGGCGGACCAACUCGUCCAGCUCGUCGCCGGUGAUGCUGAAGGAGGUUUCCAAGGCGACGCCGUUGGUGUCCAAGAACAUCACGGUGCCGGUGAGCAGCCCCAAGAUGAGCAACAUCAUGCAGAGCAUCGCCAACUCGCUGCCGCCGCACCUGUCCCCCGUCAAGAUCACCUUCACCAAGCCCACCAUCCAAACCACCAACACCACCACACAGAAGGUGAUUAUCGUGACAACUUCUCCCAGCUCCAACUUCGUGCCCAACAUCCUGUCCAAGUCUCACGCUCACAACAACGCCGCUCUGUCCAAGCUGGUCUCCACCUCGGUGCUCACGGCCACCGCCCAGAAGCAGACGGUGGUGUUCCCUUCCUCCCACACUGUGGCAGUGACCACCGUGGUCUCCUCCACGCCGUCGGUGGUCAUGUCGACAACAUGCGCUUCUUCGGCCGGUGUGAAGGUGGCUUCAGCCAGACUUCCCUCGCCGAAGACCCUGGUGGGAUCGCCGGCUCAGAUCCUGGCCCAGUUCCCCAAACAGCAGUCCCCCAAACAGCUGCAGCACGGCUCAGCUCUGGGAAUCGGCCAGACGCAGACGAGCAGCACCUCCCCGGGCUCCAAGCCCACCAUCCAGAUCAAACAGGAGUCCGGGGUCAAGAUAAUCACUCAGCAGGUUCAGCCCAGCAAAAUCCUGCCCAAGCCUUCGUCGGUGGCUUUGUCCAGCAGCAGCUCCUCCCCCAUCAUGGUCGUCAGUAGCAACGGAGCCAUCAUGACGACCAAACUGGUCACUCAGUCCACGGCCACCCAGGCCACCUACACCAGACCCACCGUGAGCCCCAGCCUCGGCGCCAGAAUAUCCGCCUCCAGCGGCGGCGCCACCUACGUCAAGACCACCAGCGGCAGCAUCAUCACGGUGGUGCCCAAGUCUCUGGCCACGCUGGGGGGCAAGAUCAUCAGCAGCAACAUCGUGUCCGGCACGACGACCAAGAUCACCACCAUCCCCAUGAGCUCCAAGCCAAACGUCAUCGUGGUGCAGAAGACCACGGGGAAGGGGGCCACCAUCCAGGGGCUACCUGGCAAGAACGUGGUCACCACCCUCUUGAAUGCCGGGGUGUUGCCAAAGUUUGAAACCUUCACAUCCUACACAAAGGGCGAGAAAGGGCUGCAGGCUGUGCAGGGGACCAAGCCGGCCAUCAUCACCGCCUCCAGACCCAUCACCAAGAUGAUCGUCACCCAGCCCAAAGGCAUGAGCUCCGGGUCGCAGGCCACCGCCACCAAGAUCAUCCCCACCAAGAUCGUCUACGGCCAGCAGGGCAAGACGCAGGUUCUCAUCAAGCCAAAGCCGGUCUUCCAGGCGGCGGUGGUGAGCGAGCAGACCCGGCAGCUGGUCACCGAGGCGCUGCAGAACGUGACCCGCUCCGCUGAGCUGGUGCCGGGUCCGGCCUCGGGCGCGGACGGGUCCGCCAAGGGCGACUCCGGGAGCGCCGCGGGCGAGGCGUCGCACAGCAGCGCUCCAGAGCCUCAGCCUGUGGUGCACGUGGUAUCCUCCAGAGAGCAUGAUUGGACCGAGCAGGAGAUAUCGGUGGAGUCCGGCCCAACGAUCAUCUACCAGGAAGUUCCGGGUGGGGAAUCCCAGUCCGCUACGUCCACCAUCAAAGCCCUGCUGGAGCUUCAACAGACGACAGUGAAGGAGAAGGCGGAGUCCAAACCCAGAGCGCACACCAUCGACCUGAGCCAGAUGGCCGUGCCCCUCCAGCUGGCCCAGGACAAGAAGCCCGGCCCGGAGUCCCCAAAGCCCUCCACCUCCGAGGCUGAAGCCGCCACGGAGUCAGCAGGUAAAGUGAGCAGCAGAGUGGGAGUGGCCUCAGAGGACCAUAACGUGGUCAUGUCGUCCAGCCAGCUGCCGGGGAAGCCCUACAAAAUCACCAGCCAGGUUACCGUGGUAACCAAACCGGCCAUCAUCACCUCCGCGGCUUCACACGGCAGCCUCGCGCCCUCUGGCGGUCACGUUAAAGCCGACGCCGCGUUGGAGGUGGGCGAGCUGGAAGGCGACACCCUGGACCCCCAAACGGGCUUGUUUUACCGCUCCAGCCAACCGGCCUCGGACGCCGCGAAGCAGAGCGCUCCGCCACCUCCCCCCAGUCAGACCGAGGCGGAGCAGAGCCGGCUCGGCGCCACCCCCGCCCAGCUCCCCCCGCCGCCGCCGCCACAGCUGCUCAGCAAACCUCAAAUCAGCCAGCCCUCCUCCUCGUCCUCCUCCUCCGCCGCCACUCUCCCUCUGGUGAAGAAACUCCCAAAGCUGCGGGAGCAGAAUCCGCCCAAACCCACGGGCCCGACCCCCAAAGACAGACCGCCGGCCCCGUCCGCGCCGGCCAAGCCCCCGCUGACGCCGCAGCUGCCGAAGCUCCAGCAAGCGCCAACGUCCCACCACAGACCCCUGCACACCCCCAUGUCCCACCCUCCCCCGCUGCAGGCGCACCACCCCGUCAGCACGGAGAAGUCCGCCUCCAGCCAGCAGCCAAUCAUCACACAGAGCGCCACCGUCACCAAGAUCACCUUCGGCGGCUCCCACCACCCGUCGCAGGUGUUCAGCAGCAGCGCCGAGGCGGCCGCCAAACUGAUCCCGGAGUCCAGCUGCGGGCCCCCGGGGGACAAGCCCUCCGUGUCGGACAUCCUGAAGAUCUCCAUGAUGCAGGCCGAGAUCGACCCCAGCACGGAGCCCAUGGUGGUGGACUCCUCCAGCGACCGCGGCCCUCUGGGAAAAGCCGUGUCGGGCACCCUGGACCCGGGCCAGUUCAUCAGCAGCUCCGGGACCAGCAUGCAUCACUCCCACGCCAAGGCGCAGCCGUUCGGCUGCAGGCCGGCUGUCAACGCGCAGAGGAGCAAGGAAGACCUGGAGGUCAUUGAGGUGAUUCCUCAGUAUUCCAUCCUGCCGGACUCCAGCCAGUCCAACGUGGUGGUGGAGCCCAGCGGCUUCCUGGAGAUCACCAACUACACCAGCCAGCAGCUGGAGGAGGACAGCCCCAUGGAGCAGGAGGUGGACAGCAGCAACGACGAGGCCACGGCCGCCAGCCCCCCCGACCGACCAUAGCGCCGCCCCCCCCCCCUCACUACACCCCCACCCCAAGGCCCAUCGUCCAGGAUAUUUCAAAUGUUUCCACGUUUAGUGUAUAAAGCCUGACGGACAUGUGAAGGUAUUUCUUCUGACAGUAAAGUCUCAUAUGAAGUUUCGUGAGGAGAGAACAAGGCGACGCGUGUUUCACUGCUCAUUGUAAAAAGAAAAACUAAAUGUACCUGUUUUUUUGUAAAGAUUUCCCCGAGUCUGCAUUUGCUUCUGCGUAGUGUGUUUUUAAAGUGCAUUUCAUUUUAUACCUUUUAAAACAAGAUUGCUGGUUGAGAAAAAUCAUUUAAUCUGCCCAAUAAAUCCUCUUGAGUAGUUUAAUCCUCA